AAUAUCUUGCUAACAGGAGAAACGAAAAUGGGUUUAUCGCUGGAGAGUUUCAAGUUGUCGCGAAAAGCUGCAAGAGCAAUGUAACGAUAAUCAAAGGUAUUUCACGAUUUUCCAGCCGUGAGUUCCAGGAUAAAAGUUAUACCGCAGACUGCUGCUUUAGGAAGUAAACUAAAGGGAAGUAAUAUUUCAGGAUGGCGCAGUGGGAGAGCCUACAGCAACUGGACGUUCUGCACCUGCAGAGGUUGGAUGAUCUCUACAUUCAAGAGGUGUUCCCCAUGGAUGUGCGAUGCUAUUUGGCUCCCUGGAUAGAGAGCCAAGACUGGACUCGGGCCUCACAGGACCACUCCGUAGCCAGUAUUCUGUUCCAGGCCCUGCUGGAGAACCUGGACAACCAGCACAGCCGCUUUGUGCAAGAGGGCGAGUCCUUCCUGAUGCAGCGCAACUUUCGGCGCUUUAAGCAGAACUUCCAGAAGUACCAGGAGCAGCCAUGGGCCCUGGCAAGUAUAAUCCUAUGGUUCCUGGGCAAAGAACUGGAGAUUCUACAGUCUGCUCAGCUGGCAGAACAGGUUCAGAUGCUGCAGGUCCAGCCAAGCCCAGGGGAGACAGACAACCACAGGAACAUUAAGCGCAAGAUGGCUGAUCUUGCAAGAAGUGUGCAGGAUAUGGAGCAGAGUAUCAGGGCCUUGGAGGAACAGCAAGAUGAGUUUGAUUUCAAGUACAAAACUCAGUCAAUGGAAGGGAAUAUCACUGAAGAAGAGCAGACGACGCAGACGAAGAUCCUGCAGUAUCUGCUCAACAGACUGGACAUUUCCCGGAAGACCCUUUUCUCAGGGAUGAGUAAGCUGCUGGAUGCUGCAGAGGAGCUCAUCGCUGUGCUGGGGGAGGAUCUGACAGAAUGGCAGCGGCGACAGCAGAAGUCCUGCAUCGGAGCUCCGGUGGACACCUGCCUCAACCAGCUGGAGAGCAGGUUCACGGCGGUGGCACACUGCCUGUUCCAGCUGAGCAAGUUUCUGCGCAAGGUGGAUGAGCUGCUCGAGAAAGUCACGUACGAGCGCGACCCCUUCAGGACCCUGAAGCCAGCGCUGCAGGACCGCAUGGAGCUGCUCCUCACCAUUCUGCUGAAGAGCUCCUUUGUGGUGGAGAGCCAGCCCUCCAUGCCGCAGGGGAAGGGACCCCUGGUGCUGCGGACCAAUGUGCAGUUCUCAGUCAGAACCAGGCUCCUUGUCAAAGUACCCGAGCUGAACCAUGCCAUGAAAGUGAAGAUGUUGAUUGACAAAGAUGCUGUGCAGGUGAAAGGGUACCGACGUUUCAACAUCCUGGGGAACAACAGCAAGGCCCUGAACAUGGCGGAGAGCACGAGCGGAGGCAUGGUGGCUGACUUCCGCCAUCUGACCCUGAAAGAGCAGAAAUGUGGAGGCAAGGGAAUUAAUGAUCUCUCCUUGAGUGUGACGGAGGAGCUGCACUUGAUCUACUUCGAGACUGUAUUUGAGCUGCACGGGCUGUCCGUCACCUUGGAGGCCUCCACGCUGCCCGUGGUCAUCAUCUCCAACUCCAGCCAGCAGCAGACCGCCUGGGCCUCAGUGCUCUGGUUUAACAUGCUAUGCACAGACCCCAAGAAUGUGAAGUUCUUUGCCAGCUCCCCAGUGGCCUCCUGGUCCCAGCUUGCAGAGGUGCUCAGCUGGCAGUUCCUCUCCACCACCCAGAAAGGGCUGGAUGACACUCAGCUGGACAUGAUUGCUCAGAAACUCUUCGGUAAGCAGCAAAGCUACACAAACAGCAGAAUACCCUGGGGAAGGUUUUCUAAGGAAAACCUUCCCAACAUGAACUUCACCUUCUGGACCUGGUUUGACGGCAUCCUCGUCUUGGUAAAGACCUACCUGGAGAACCUGUGGAAGGACGGGUGCAUUAUGGGAUUUGUGAGCAAAAGCCGGGAGAAGACCUUGUUGAAGAAGAAGCAGAGCGGGACGUUCAUGCUCCGCUUCAGUGAGAGCAUCAAAAAUGGUGGCAUCACCUUUUCCUGGGUGGAGUAUUCUAUGGACGGAAUGCCGAACGUGCGCUCGGUGACGCCCUUCACCAAGGACGACCUCUCCCAGAUCCCCUUCUCUGAGAUCAUCCGCAACUACCAGAUACUGGAGGUGGGGAACGUUCCAGAAAACCCACUGAAGUUCCUGUACCCCAACACUCCCAAAGACGAGGCCUUCGGGAAGUACUACUCGGAGAAGAGCGGGGCGGACAGCCCUUACGCAAAAUACAUCAGGACCAAGCUCAUCAUCGUCUCCAAAGAGAACACAUUGGAAGCUAAGUCGCCCAUGAAUGCGUUAUCUGAUCCAGAACCCGCGGUGCCGAUGAACGAUCUGUGCAUGCCGCACAACGAAGAGGCAGCCGCCUCAGACGACCGGCUCCUCCCCUCUGAUUCCCUGAUGGCUGAGUUGGAAAGCGCCUCCUACUCGGUUGAAGAUGGCCUGUUCGAACUGCCCCCCGACCUCAACAUACAGGACUACCUGGCAGGCAACCCUCCGAUGAUCGAAAUGGACUUUCCCCACUCAGAGGAGCAGAACCACGCCUCCCCUUCUGGUGAAGCACUGCCCGAACUCCCCGCCUUCUCCGACCUCAGCUGCUACCCCCUUCCCUGCAGCCCUUACUGACUGACCUCCCUCUUUAUUUAUCCAUAUUCUUCAUGCGCUGUCACUGCAUAUGCCUCAACACCCCUCCCCAAAGCCCCGAAUCUUGGGUCUUACUUGGAACACAGCACAAGCAAUGGCGUAUAGGCACUAGUACCCCCACCCCCAACCAGAACAAGCACUCUAAGCUGUUCGCUGCAUGCCCUACAUAAAGGCAAUGACCUCCUUGCGCAAGGGACAAAAAACAUAUCGUCUGCUGAGACCACAGCUUCAAACAAAAUUAUUUCCAUCUACUGCAAGUCACGUGACACAAAUGGCAUCAUCCUAUUGCUAUAACUGGAACAGGAAAUUCUAGGUUCCAGUGAGGUAGUUAGCCUGUGUAAUUGUGCAGAUAAUGCAAAGCAUAGGAUCUGAGGACUCUUUCUAAUUAUCAUAUGCUUAUUUUGCGGCCAUUUUGUCUUGCUCCUUUUUUUUUUUUUUGGUCUCAAGCCAUAUUCAAUCUGAGCCUUAAACUAGAGUCCUGAAUCACUGUGGCCAUUACAGUUCCUGUGGGUGGUGUCAGCCCGGAGAUGAACUGAGCUUUGGUUCCCCUCUGGAUCCCCCUACUUAGAUUGCAUAUCCAACUGGCCACACAAGCCCUUGCGCUCCCUCCCAAAAUGAACCCCCAGUUCAUAACCUACUCUGUUAAACACAGGUAAAUACAUUUGUUUAGAAAUGCAGAAUAAGCCCCGCAGUUCUGUGUUUAAAUCUUUAAAAUGAAAGAAUUAACGGGCCACAUACAAUUCUAUAUGAUACUAAGAAUACAUAGUAAGCGUAUUUUCAAUUUAAGUUUUUUUUUUUUUUUUUUUUUUUUUUUUUUUUUUUUCAUAGUUUUCUUUUUUUAUUGUUUUAUUGUUGUCUCAGUUUGGGGGAGGCAGGAGAACAGAAAGGGCCAUGUUGUUGCCAAACAGGAAAGUUUCUUGGGACAAUUUUUUGCCUUCCAUCAUGAUAGUCCAAGAGAGCGGGCUUCCUUCCAUUUUAACAGGUAUGCUUAUUGCAAAAAAAAGAAAAAAAGAACCAUUCAUCUCUGAACCAGGCAGAGAUGUUUGUGAUGUUGGGGACCAGGCUUGACACCACACCAGUCUUUUUCUACUCUCCAGAAAAAGAACUAAUCUUGCCUGGACUGACUUUUUUCAUCACCAGGCAUUGUUAAGCAUUUGCAUGUGUGUUGGUAUCUUUGAAGGAGUUUGUUGGGUGUUGGGUUCUUCAGUCUCCAUCCAUCAGUGCUGGACUUCCAGAUCCUGUUGCACUUUGUAUAAACAGUGAAGAAGAAUCUCUUCCUGUGUGUACUUUACUGUACUGAACCGGUCUGGGUCCCACAAAUUUGUGUAGUCUGGGUUCAUCAAAAGCAGGGGUAGUAGUUUGGCACUAAAUUUAGUAUCAUACUUUUUCAUUAAUUAAUUAAUUAUUUUUUACUGCUUGUAUGUGUAAUGUUGUCAUGUGACGUUGUUGGUGACAAAGUCUCGUAAUGAAUGUGGAGAUGGUGGCUUAUACAGUCUCUAUGUACAACCUGUUCUUGCUGCAUAUAGGUUGAUUUAGCCAAACGCUAAUUAGAGCUGAUUCUGAAUUGCAGUUUGUCCACAGACUGCUGAUCCCCUCAGGAUGCUGUCAGGCAGAAUCUGCCCAAUAGCUCAUACCGUUGACAUGUACUGUUCCUGAUUACAGUCUUAUUGCUGGUGCCAUCUGGGUGUUUUGUGAAAACGUAUGCUCCAAGCAGCUCUGUGGGCCAGGAUCCUUUCAUGAAAGGAAUAGACAGCUGAUCAUUAGCCAGAGCCAUUGAUCAUUAAGAUUUGUUGGUAAAGACAACAGUCUUUUAGAAAAGAUGUUAAACUGAGGUCCUGACUCAUUGUGGUCAUUAAAUAUCCCAUGAUAAUUAUGCACUUUUGAGAUCAAGAGAUUAAAAGCACUGUAUUAAUGGAUUAUUAUUUUAACUUUCCUAUUAUUUUAAGAUUUUAUGAUUGAUUUGGGGUGAAAUUGAGCCCAACAGUUGAGAAACAAAAAAAUAUUGUAAUGUAAAACAUUUUCUAUGUAGUGUGUCGCCUUUUUAUCUCCCAAAUUGCUAGCCUUUUAUCCAUGAAUAUGAAACUCUGUGAAACAUCUCAUUUUAGAGCUUAAGGAACAGUGAGUGAAAGUUUAGCACCUUGUAUGGAAAGAGCAACCAGAAUUAUUCACAAAGAAAUCUGAGAAGGAAAAAAAAAAAGGUUGCAUAUUUUUUACAUUUUAUACAGUUACAGAGGGUAAAAAUAACACUGCACAACACAUUUCAAUGCUUGGUUGGUACAGGACUUCGCAUUGCAUUAUGUUUAUUGCAUUUUUACUAUUUAAUCCCACCAAAUUAGAAAAAUCAUACACUAUCAAUAUAAAAAAAAUGGCUAACUGUUCUUUAAGAAAUGUCAAACACUGAAUGGCAUCAAAUCAAACAUAAUAGGAGGGUUAAAAUCACACAAACUAAUACUCAAAUAAUCAAUGUAAUACUUUAUGCAAGUAAAAUGAAUAAGUAAAUUAAAAAAGUAUUUGCAGCUUUUUUCUGAAACAGGCAAAGCAAAGUACUGGUCAUCAAAGGCAAUGAGAGGCAUAAUGGCAGAAAUUGGUUACCUACUUCAUACCCGCAGUUUGAGUAAUAUUCUCAGUAACCUUUUCCUUUUAAAGGCAUUUCAUUAUUUGUGCUAAACACAGAACAGUGCAGUGUCUGCAGUGUCCUUUGCCACAUGCUGUACAUUCAGUCUAUAUUUCAUACAUGUGAACAGGAAUGCACAUACGGUCUCCGCAUAUACAAAUGGCCCUGUGGAGCAGACUGAAAUGUCUAACAUGGCAUUUGCUUUCCAUUAUAAUCAUGUUCAUAAUAAUGUUUUCCCAUUAUCUGCAAUAAAGCUAUUUCAUACAUAAACCUUGA